AUGAGUGACCUAGCACUAUCACGAAUUGGCAGUUUAAUCAAGACACAAGACGAUGUCGCUAAUAUAGCUAGUAUAAAGCAGCUGUUUGUCAAGGAGAAAUCUUCGAUAGAUUUCAAACUUUCCACAGCGACGCAAGUACACUUUGACUCGAUAAUGGACAACUUGGCCCAAAUGAAAAAUGCAAUGAAAAAGAUGAACGACAUCAAGGCCAGCAUGGCCAAGAUCCAACAGAUUUACAAUGAAAGCGUAGCGCAACCGAAGGACUACGAACUUAUAUGCAAGAUGAUUUGCGUCAACCAAUUCUUGAACCAAGUGGCCAACUUGUACGACGAUAUAAGUCAUUUCAAAGGCAUAGUGGAAAAGCUAACUCUGGUGAUACGCAGAGAAAUUGAACAGAUGCAAUCGAGUUUAACUUACACCAUACCUUCAUUUUUGGACCUCCAUUUCCAGUAUACUCAAAUCCGCAAUUUCCACGAUUAUUUGGAGUUUUACACCAAAUCGUCCUCGGAUGAUUUGAAGUCCAUCGUGCAGAGAAUCACGAUGCCGACGCGCGACUUGAUCCGCGCAUUUGAUGAGUUGUUGAACGAGUGCAUCACGAGCUUGACUGAAUGCACGAGGGAGAACAACCUCGAGAUAAUCUACAAGUUGAUGGCCAUCAUUGCAUUUGAAGAACAAGAAGACCUCAAGCUCCGCGUCUCUCGCGGGCUCAAGUUGGAAAACACCGAUAUAAACCGCGACUAUAAACAUUUCCGCAGUAAAGAACGCAACUACAAGCGGUUCUUUUUUGAGAAAUUCAAACUUUAUUUCCAAGGCACGUUUGAAGCAUGCGUCGAGUAUAACGCCCACGAUCGCAUUGCGUUGUAUGACAACUUGGACUGGAUGCAAGAUGAGAUUGUCUUUGUCCAUGAUGCAAUGGCGCCGCUUUUCCCUCAACAAUGGGAAAUUGAUUCCUUUGUACAAUCCAUUUUCUACGAUAAACUACAUGCAUACACCUUGAAUCUCAUUAACGACGAGCCCGCGGCAGAAGAUAUAAUUCGGAUCAUAACUUAUGAUAAGAAGUUUAGCGAUUUCAUCAAAAGCAUAGAUGGCGAUUCGGCAUCGAUGUCCAUCAUUGGCGACGAUUUGAAAACCACGAUGUUGGACGAUUACCUCAAGACCAUCACCGCGAAAAUGAAGGAAUGGAAUUUUAGCUUGAUGAAGCAAGAGUCGAAGGUGUUUGUCGAAAGAAACAAAGCACCAGAUAUCUACCCAUAUGAUCAAGAAAUCGAGGACGUUGAUGUCAAUAACGAGCCGAUUGUGUUGCAUUCUGAAGUUUCAGCUUAUGUACUUCCUGAUUUCAAGAGUCCCAUGCUCAUGAUGAAAGAGCAAGCCGAUGCUGCCUCUUUAGCAGGUAACGCCAAGAUCCUUAUUGCCGUUAUUGAAAACUUCUGUACUUGUUAUGUCCAACGAGUUGCCAAUUUCCAAAGUUUGGUUGACGAAGAAAUGGACAAAUAUUUCCAAUUUUACAACAAUUUCCACUUCUUGGUCAAGAUGAGCAAAGCUCGAAGAUUGUUUAAGAAAAAACCCACCGUGUUGGAUGUCGACUCGUUAACCCCCGAGGAACAAAGCAACUUAUCGCGUGAAGGGUUAGUGGAAUAUCUCGGGGCAUUAGCCAACUCCCUUGAGAUCAGCAACGAUAUCAUGAACAACAAAUUUGCUUCUAGUUACAAGGAAAAAGUUCACACCAACUACCACGUGCCAAUCACCCAGGCCUUUUCCACCGCAGUUGAGAAAUCCAACUCGCUAGUUUCAGAAAUCUGCAUUUCGAUAUCAAAUAUAAUCAUCAACGACUUGUACACUUCGCUUUGCAAGCUCUUCACCAAGGCCUGGCUAGAAGACGGCUCAAAGCAAACAGAAGAUGUGAUGAUGAUGACCGUUAUUGCAGAGACCAUCGCCGAGUACAUGAGUGAAGCGAGAUCGUAUUGCAUCUACACCGUUUACCAAGUGCUUUUCGAAAUCUUUCUCGAUAAGUUCGUUUGCACCUAUCUAAGCAUCGGGUUUGAAAACAUUUUGCAUGGAGAAGGCAAGAAAAUCGACCCACAAACGCAGGGUUACAAGGCGUUCAAACUGCGAAUUCAAAAAGAUGCCGAGUUCUUAUUUGGCGGGCUCUCCGACUUGUUCAUGGAGAAAGAUCGCCACUAUUUGCUUUCGUCGUUAACGGCAAUUGAGCUUUUGGCAGAUUUGGGCACGUGUGAAGACCCAAUGCACAACAUCCCCGAGCAGUUUAGAGAAUUUGUUCUACCUGUAUUCUAUAAUUGUUCACUUGAUUAUAUCAAGGGAGUGGUGCUAUGCAGAAAAGAUAUGGGUAAACUGCAGUGGAAAAUUAUGGAGCCUGUGCUAGUGGAGAUUAAGAAUGAGUACCAUAAGAAUGUUGAACCUCCCGCGGUGCCAAUUUUAACUUUGGACGGAUUCGAGUUUGCUGAUUAA